GUUACUGUGAAGUCUGUGAACAAGCAACUAAUUGCAUGAGAAUCAUGAUGGGAGCGAAUUCUAGUGGGGAGCUAGUUUUUUGUGGAUCAUCAUCCUCGCCGCCAUCACCUCUUGCUCAUUCUCAAGAGGUAUGGACAAUGUAGCUCUAAAUGGUGUUAGGGAAGAGGAUGAAGCUGUGGCAGAGCUGAAGACAUCGCCUACAUCGCCCAUUUCAGAGAGAUUGGAGAGCGUAAGAAUGGCUGGAGUAGCUGACGACGAAUCGAUUAUGAAGUUUAUGAAGCUUGCUUUUAUCGAGGCUAGGGAAGCACUCGCAAGGCUUGAAGUGCCUGUGGGGUGCGUAAUUGUGAACGAUGGGGAGGUCAUUGGCCGUGGGAGCAAUUGCACUAAUGAGACAAGAAAUGCCACAAGACAUGCAGAAAUGGUGGCCAUCGACAUGGUGCUCUCCAAGUGGCAACAGUUAUCUGCAACACCCAAUGUUAACCCAUCAACUGAAGGGUUCCAACAAUGUGACUUGUAUGUCACUUGUGAACCCUGCAUCAUGUGUGCAGCUGCUCUCUCAUUGUCAGGAUUCCGGAAGAUAUAUUAUGGAUGUGAUAAUGAACGUUUUGGUGGAUGCGGAUCGGUCCUGGACAUACAUUCUGAUGGAUGUGCACCUUGUGGAUUGAGUCAUAAUGAAGCUGAAGAACAUGAAGAGCAAAAGACGAAAGGAUUCGAGUGCGUUGGUGGUUUCAUGGCUGAUGAAGCAGUGAAUCUUCUUCGGGGCUUCUAUGAGCAAGGCAAUCAGAAUGCUCCAAGGCCACAUAGACCUGUGCGCAUUGAGAGAUCCCUAUAACUUGGAUCCUCAUAGGUAACUUGAAGUUGAUAUAACUGGUAAAGGUUUGAUAUAAAACCAGCAUUUUCGUUAUUGUCGGUGCAAGAAACGAUUGUUGACUUUGAGAGCCACAGGAAAGGAAACAAGGGCAGCAUGUAACCAGGCUGAAAAUUUUGGAAAUGUACUAAGAGGAAGGUAAUGAGGAGUAUUGUAAGAUCUUGGAAUUGUUUAUAAAAUGUAUGCAGACAAGCAGCUUUGUAUGUCUAUCUCUAAGCCUUUUAUGUACUGCGGCUUUUUCCUUAUUUGGUCUUUCUCUAUGCAGCAAAGCUGCUUUGAAAGCAGGGAAGCUAGUGAAUUAAUUGAUUUGCUUUUACAAUGUU